AAGAAACUGGUGUGUUUUUGAGUAAAUUUGAGUGGAAGUGAGUGCUGUGUUGUGCGAGUGAGGUGAUAGACAAAUAUCCGGCUUCCCUAGUCCUUGCAGCCGUUCUGCUUUUUGUAAACAUAAAAUUCACUGAAAACAAAUGAACCCAGCUGAAAAUGGCUGAUGAGCAGGAGAUAAGACAAAUAGAACUUUUAUGCAAACAGUUAUAUGAAUCUCAAGAUACUGCUGCCAGAGCAGAAGCAGAGAAAGCGUUAGUGGUCUUUCAAGAUGGCCCUGAUGCCCUUACCAACUGUCAAGUUCUACUCGAUAGAGGAGAUUCUUGCUAUGCACAGUUAUUGGCAGCCACCACUCUCACCAAAUUGGUGUCUCGUAGUGCCCAAGCGUUAAGUCUGCAGCAGAGAGUAGAUAUACGUAAUUAUAUCUUGAAUUAUUUGGCAACUAGACCUAAAUUGCCAAAUUUUGUACUACAAGCCUUAGUCACGUUGUUUGCAAGAAUUACAAAGCUAGGCUGGUUUGAUAGCCAUAAAGACGAGUUUGUGUUCAGGAAUGUUGUGGCUGAUACUGGAAAAUUCUUACAAGGUUCUGUAGAACAUUGUAUGAUAGGAGUCCAGCUGCUUUCUCAAUUAACUUGUGAAAUGAACCAAAUAUCAGAAGUAGAUGCCAAUAGAGCUCUCGCUAAGCACCGUAAAAUUGCCUCCUCUUUCAGAGAUACUCAGCUAUUCGAAAUUUUUCGCCUUUCAUGCACCCUUCUUGGAAAUGCCAGAGAAAAUUGCAAAAACUUGAAUUUCAAUGAUGAAAGCCAGCACGGAUUGAUGACCCAACUUCUACGUUUGGCCCAGAAUUGCCUUACUUUUGAUUUUAUUGGAACUUCCCAAGACGAAUCCUCUGAUGAUUUAUGCACAGUUCAGAUACCCACGAGUUGGCGACCAGCGUUUUUAGACUUCACCACACUCAAGCUGUUUUUUGAUAUGUUCCAUUCGCUACCCAAUACUCUGUCCUCGCUGGCCUUGUCCUGCUUGGUGCAAAUUGCUUCUGUGAGGCGUUCAUUAUUCAGUAAUACAGAGAGAGCAAAAUUUUUGGCCCAUUUGGUGAACGGCGUUAAACAUAUACUCCAAAAUCCGCAAGGCUUGAGUGAUUCUGCGAAUUAUCAUGAAUUUUGCAGACUUCUGGCACGGCUCAAAUCUAAUUAUCAACUGGGAGAGUUGGUUAUGGUUGAAAAUUACCCUGAAGCAAUACAGCUGAUUGCAAAAUUCACUGUUCAGAGUUUGCGGUUGUGGCAGUUCGCUCCAAACAGCGUUCACUACCUUCUCAGCCUUUGGCAGAGAAUGGUAGCCUCCGUACCGUAUGUGAAAGCAAGCGAACCUCACUUGCUGGAAACGUACACUCCUGAAGUAACCAACGCUUACAUAACCUCUCGCCUGGAAUCCGUUCCAGUUGUAGUGAGAGAAGGUCUAGAAGAUCCAUUGGACGAUUUGGGCAUGGUUCAGCAGCAGCUGGAGCAAUUAUCUGUGAUAGGCAGAUGCGAGUACCCGAAAACGUGCGUGCUCCUCGUGCAGCUAUUUGAUCAAGCUGUGCGAAGAUAUUCGGAGCUUCUUGCCAGUCCCAGUCAGCAAAUGGAGAUCACUAUACAGGAAGGUCAGUUGACGUGGCUCGUCUACAUAAUAGGUUCGGCAAUAGGAGGAAGGGUGUCUUUUAACAGUAACGAAGAGCAUGAUACGAUGGACGGAGAGUUGGUGUGUCGAGUGUUACAAUUAAUGAAUCUUACAGAUUCAAGACUAGUACAAAGUGGCUGUGAAAAACUCGAACUGGCUAUGCUCAGUUUCUUUGAACAAUUUCGAAAAAUUUACGUAGGCGAUCAGGUUCAGAAAAACUCUAAAGUCUACAGGCGAUUAUCCGAGGCUUUGGGCCUCAAUGAUGAAGCUACGGUGCUCAGUGUCUUUGUUAGGAAAAUUAUAACUAACCUCAAAUAUUGGGGUAGCAGCGAACAAAUCAUAAGCAAGACUUUACAGUUGAUGAAUGAUUUAUCAGUUGGGUAUAGCUGCGUUAGGAAACUGGUUAAACUCGAUGAGGUGCAGUUUAUGCUGAACAAUCAUACCAGCGAACAUUUUCCGUUUCUAGGAAACUCCGUUGCCAUCACAGAGAUGAGGUGUCGUUCAAUGUUCUAUACCUCACUCGGAAGGUUAUUGAUGGUGGAUUUAGGAGAGGACGAGGACCGGUUUCAUAAUUUUAUGCUACCGCUGACAGCAUCUUUUGAAAGUAUAGGAACGCUACUAGCAUCUUCCGAUACACCCGUAUUCGCUUCAGACGAGGCAAAGAAAGCGCUGAUAGGAUUAGCGAGGGAUUUGAGGGGCUUGGCCUUCUCUUUCAAUACAAAAACUUCGUACAUGAUGCUUUUUGAUUGGAUAUACCCGAAUUAUACUCCUAUAUUGCUUCAGGCUAUAGAACUGUGGUAUCACGAUCCUCAGGUGACGACGCCUGUUUUAAAAUUGUUUGCUGAAUUAGUACAAAAUAGAUCACAAAGGCUGCAGUUUGAUGUUUCGUCUCCAAAUGGUAUAUUAUUAUUUAGAGAGGCUAGUAAAAUUAUUUGUAGAAGUAGGAUAUUAAAUGUAGAAGUACCAAAAGAGCAAACAUAUCCCCUUAAGCUGAAGGGCAUUUCGAUAUGUUUUUCCAUGCUCAAAGCUGCCCUGUGCGGAAGCUAUGUGAAUUUUGGAGUUUUUAGACUAUACGGCGAUGAAGCUUUAGACAAUGCCUUGAAUAUUUUCGUAAAAUUAUUGUUGUCCACUCCCCAGUCAGAUCUAUUGGAUUAUCCCAAAGUAUCUCAGACGUACUACGUUUUGCUGGAGUGUCUAGCUCAGGAUCAUAUGACGUUCUUGGCGAAUUUAGAGCCACAAGUAUUCCUUUAUGUCCUGUCAUCGAUAUCAGGAGGACUAACGGCCUUAGGUGGGCAGCUAAAUAAUUUUACAGAUACGAUGGUGUGUACGGGGUGUUGUGCCACUUUGGAUCAUAUAGUGUCUUAUUUGUUCAAACAACUGACACAAAAAGUAUUGAUAUACUCAUUUAUUUUCGUUUGCAGGUUCACUCAAAACUUGUCAAUGUUCAGGAGGGACAUAAACGAUUCUCUGAAAGGGCCCAAUGUAAAUAAUUCGUCUCCUAGUGAUAUGAUGACUUCAUAGUGAUUUAAUAAUAGCUCUGAAUACGUGAGGUUAUGUGCUGGUGUAUGUUCUGUGACAUAUUGUUAUUUAGGUACACUUUGCAUUUAUUUCUUUGAAAAAAUGUGUAUUAGCGAAAAGUGUGUACUGUUUUGUUGACUAUUGGCAUGUGUUGCAGAUACUUGGGCGACUGAUUUUUUUAUAAGUUAUUGAGACAUGAGAGUAUAAAUAAAUGCAUUGAUUAUCUAUGUACAGUGUUUCGAAGUGCUGGUCAAUUAUGAAUCAGUCGAGCUGACUUAUAUAAAAGAGAAAUGAUAAUGAAGUAUUUGAAUGAAAUAAAUGAUUUAGUAAA